AUCCAUCGCGGCUUCCGUAGCAAGAGGAGGCGGAUGACUUCUCAUUUUGACGUGGAAUAUUUCCGUGCAGAGACGAUGGAGAAGUAGAAGCCCGGUGAAGCUGAAAACCAUUAGAUCCAGACGGGAUUUUAAGCCCUGAAACCCAGUCAGGGCCGGAUUGUUCCGGAGUUGACAGAACCCGGUCCAACAGAGGCUGAAGCCGCCGCGCUCCCCGCCUCUUUCCGCUCAGCUAUAAUCAUGAUCAAAGCCAUUUUAAUAUUCAACAACCACGGCAAACCGAGGCUUUCUAAAUUCUACGAACAUUAUAAUGAAGACACAGAGCAACAGAUCAUCAGAGAAACCUUCCACUUGGUCUCAAAAAGAGACGAAAACGUCUGCAAUUUCCUAGAAGGCGGAUUGUUGAUUGGAGGAUCGGACUACAAGCUGAUCUACAGACACUACGCCACGCUGUAUUUCGUGUUUUGUGUCGAUUCUUCUGAGAGCGAAUUAGGAAUUUUAGACUUAAUCCAGGUUUUUGUGGAAACGCUGGACAAAUGCUUUGAGAAUGUCUGUGAGCUUGACUUAAUUUUUCAUGUUGACAAGGUCCACCACAUUUUGGCAGAGAUGGUGAUGGGCGGAAUGGUCCUGGAGACCAACAUGAACGAAAUAAUCAUGCAGGUGGACGCCCAGAACAAGAUGGAGAAGUCUGAGGCUGGCAUCGCAGGAGCACCAGCUCGCGCAGUGUCAGCGGUAAAGAACAUGAACCUCCCGGAAAUGCCCAAAAACAUCAACAUUGGCGACAUAAGUAUAAAAGUGCCAAAUUUACCUUCUUUCAAAUAGCGGCAGCAAGAACCAUGAACCCUGAGGUGUCAUCUGAUGUUUACCUUGAUGCAAUCUGCUUACCAAAACCUUAAAUUACUUUAUCAGUUUGGGAGAUACUGUGUGAUUUCAUACUCCAUGUUGUGGUUUUAUCUCCUUAGUUUUAUUGUUGAGCAACGUAUUAAAAGUUUGGUUUUUCUGUUUGAAGGAUUAAAAAGAAGUAUUUAUCAGAUUUACAUUCAUUCUGCCUCGCUGGAGGUUGGUUCUUAGCGUUCAUCACCUCCAUUACAGCUCUGUGGCGAUUUGUUGCUGAAAUAAAACGAAAAGCCAACACAUAUGUUUACUCUAAUGUGGAAAGAUCUGCUACAGUGUUUAAAUAUGAAUUACAGAAUAAUAUUAUAUUGAAUUUAAAAUAUAGACCUAUAAAGGCUGUUUUUUUUUUCUUAUUGGUAUGUGGACCAUUUUAAAAGAUUUGUCAUGUUUUAUGGAAUGAUUCUUUGAACUUUUUUCUGUGUAUGAUUUUCUUUGAUUCUUUUCCAACAAUAAACUAACGAAACUCAA